AAGGCGCGCGGAGUCAUCGCACGGCCGAGAGAGACGGUGUGGCGCGUCGGCCCGAAGCGCGACGAAGGGUGGCUCGCUCCGCCGUCUCGACACGACGCGCGAGUGAGUUGACAGACUCUGGCUGCUGCCACCCCCGAGCUGCGGCAAGCAAGCGACGAACCCCGGGUACGAGCAGACGACGCGCCAGCGAGGACGGGAAGAGGGGUGCGGUUGUUUGGGACCGGUGGCGGUUACCGGUGGGGGGUUUCUCCCCAAGGUUGCCGCGCGUGCGCGACAGAUUCGGCAUCGGCAGCGUCCCGCCGCGCGACAACGGCUCUCGCUCGCGUUUCUCCAGCGACGGAACAGGAGAACCGCUGGCGGCGCGCCGGUGCCGCGGCGGCAUCAGCAGCAGCUGGGCGCGGCAUCAUCAUCCGUGGAGGGGGCAUGGGGUUCGUCCCGCUCCUGUUGCCGGCGCUGCUCGCCGUAGCGUCGGCAGCCGGCUUGGACGGGUUCGACUGGGCCAGCCGGCUGGCGCAGCCCACCUGCCUCGAGAUACCGGCCAACCUGACGCUGUGUCGCGGCAUCGGCUACACGCGCAUGCGACUACCCAACCUGCUCGAACACGACAGCAUGGCGGAGGUUCAACAGCAGGCGCGCUCGUGGGUGCAGCUGGUGAACCGGCGAUGCCACCCGGACACCCAGCUCUUCCUCUGCUCGCUCUUCUCGCCGGUCUGUCUGGAGCGGCCGAUCUUUCCCUGCCGAAGCCUGUGCGAGGCCGUGCGCAGGGGAUGCGAGGCCACCAUGGCACACUACGGCUACCCGUGGCCGGACAUGGUCCGCUGCGACAAGUUUCCCCUGGACAAUGACAUGUGUAUCGGUGUGCAGAGCACCGCCGCAGCCAGCGAGGCCUCAGCGUCAGUUGCCUGCAGGGCUUGCCAACAGGCCAACACGACGGAGUCGCUCGUGGACAACUACUGCCGCGCCGACUUCGUGGUGCGUGCCCGGGUGAAGCGCCUUCAGGGAUCUCAGCUGCAGUGCAAGCGCUCAAAGCUUCUGAAGCUGCGCGAGGGCCUGCUGCGACGACAGCUUCGACGUCCCGUCCUCAAGGCACCAGAUUUCGAACGUUGCUGCGGCCCCCUCAAGGGACAGCUGUUGCUCAUGGGGCUGCGUGCCGAGAACGGCAGCCUGACACCCUUGCUUGUCAUGCCGUGGCGGCGUACCCCGGCCUUCCGCAAGGCCCUGCGGCUCAUGCGCGGAGUCAACUGCACCAACCCGCUGCAGCACUAGUCUCGUCUCGGAAAGGCUGGCGGCGCCACGUUUUCUCCUCGGGACGUGGAGACGAGAGCCGAAGCAUUGCGCCUCCCAGCCUUAUGACAGGUCUGGACCACGGGGCGGUACAUCUCCCUCGACGGAUGGCAACCGGCAUGACGAAUUUCGUGCAGUUCCCGGCUUGCCUUUGUCGACCUCGCACGAAACUGCUUAAGUUGCCCGCAAAAGUAAAAGCGGGGCUGGGUCCCAGAACGAAGAUGCAGAUGAGGGUGACAACUCCUUUGUAUCACACCUUAUCCGAAUUCCAUGGCGACGCAAAAGUUUGCGGUGUUAUGCUGUGUAACACUUCUCUGCUUCGUGCCUCCUUAGAGCACUUCUUUUUCCUCCCUGUCGGUAUUCGCUAGUCGUGCAGAUUAAACGCGCGUGUAUCCGUGCCAAAGAGGCAGAAAGUAAAAGCACGAGCCGCCUGACAAGCAGGCUAAAGAAAGAGUUGCUGAACUGGACAUGUCAAUGUUGUGAAGUGUUGUUGGCAUUGGGUGUAGUAGUCUCCAUACUAAACAAGUGAUUGUAGUGUCUUCUAUACCACCUGUCUUAUGCAAGAAACGAGGCACGAUUGGUACAUCUCUACCGCUUGCACAAAGGAUGUGUCAUCGGGUAAGAAUGCAAAUUUUGUGCUGCUAGCCGGUGCCGAGUACAAUCUUUUACAGCAUCUGUACCUUGUACAGAAAGUAGGAUUGGCUACAACAUUUCUAAUGCCUUACUUAGAGAAUUAAUGCUUGUCCAUACUGCUUUAUUAUGGUUGUACUUAUCAGUCAGUUUUCAGAACAUCAAUUUUCAUUUUUAUCUUGCUGCAGGGGAUGAGAUAAGAAAAAAAAUGGGCACAUGUCAUUUUACACUAUGACUGUCCAUGCUGAUUGAUUGAGCAACAAGCACCAUCAUGGGAAAAAAUGCUCAUUGUUUCGUUACAUUGCUGUGUUAGAUAUUCCUUGUAAAGGUGACAUAACAAGGUGUUCAUUAUUAUGAUUACUUCUUUAUUCUGCCACUGUGUACGUCACAGCAGUAGCAUGGUCCUGGUGAAAAUUAUUCAAAUCUGUGGUUAGAAACUAUAAACAUAUUUGAAAGCAACUUUUUCUGGUAUGGUUAGAACCUCAUGUUGCCAUUUUAGGAAGUAAAGCUGAAUUUGUAAUAUUUUUUUGAGGAGAAUGCCACCCUUCAAUGGAUUUGUAAAAAAGUAUACGUAUGUAGCAGAUUUAAUUAUGUUCUGAGAGAUGUGUCAGUGAAGUGAUGCUAAUGGAGAAACAAUAGAUCACCUCACUUGGAGUGCCUAUCAUUUUCAGAAACUCUUAUGACACAUUUGUACCUUUUUGAAAUAUUUCUCUAACAUAUAUUUUAAGCUUCAAUUUAUUGAAACAUUGGCAUAUAGAUUCGAACUUCUCAAAAGCCCUGCUUUGGUAUUUGGUGCCUCGGUGCCACUUUAGCUGUCUCUCCGUUAAAACAAAUUUCUGCUAUGUCUAUUUAAACUUAGAUGAGCAUACUUUAAAAUAUAAUCUAUAGGUUGGUUUUAGCCAAUUCAUGAUAUUAGUAAGAAACAUGAAAAGGUGAGGAAGUUUGUAGGAGUUUAAAAAAAAAGGUUCAUGAUAUAUUUGCAGUAAAACUUUCAAGAGGAAAAACGGCAUCAAUUCAUGCUUUCACAUUUUGAUGUGCGAGGAGCAGUGUUUACAAGGGGACACUUCAGCGGUUGCUGGUGCUUUCAUUUGUCGGCAUGCUAUGAGACUGCGGCUAUAAUGCAACUGACCCGCUUGGAUCAUUCUCGUUUGCAUAAUCUGCACUGUCAAGGACAAGUAAAACACUUGCGGGGAAGUAUGAAGAAGGACAGCUCUCGCAACUUGUAACUCGAAAGUACGCGGUCUCGUGCCGCUGCAUACCUGGUUUCCGAGUGUGGUGUAGGCCAAUGGUUAAUUGCUCAAGCUGAAAUCGUGCCGACAUCAAAGUGGCAAAAGCGGGAAUGAGAGAAUGCGUUCCAGUUAGCCCUAACUCGUUCGUGUUCUAUCUGUCCAUGACAGUGUGUAUGUGUCUUCAAGUACCUAUAUGUGUGCGUUACUUCAUAAGUAAUCUCCGUUUUGAAGGUGAGUGAUAGGUAGGUGAUGGACAAGCACGAGCAUCCACUCUUGUGUGCUAUUGAAAGUAAGAGCACAUCUUUCAUAUGUAGGCUUGUUCUUUCUGCUCUAGCUUUGCCUCUCGUGUUUUAUCAUAUACAAAUGUAUGCUUUGUACUACGUCGUGAGUGUCUCACUUCUAGUUUUUUUUUUUCUCAAUAAGGCAAAAGUUAAUGGAAAGUAAAUAUGAAGAUGAUAUACAGUUCUGCAGUUUGCUGACAAACUGUCGUUCAUAUUCUUCAACUUUGCUGCUGCUACAUUUCAUUAUGUGGUCUACUCACUAUGGCACCAUGUAGAAAUAUAAAACAAAAAGUUCACCACUGAUAGCCAACCAGUACUUUACCGAUUUUAUUCCCUAAACUUGACAGCUCUUUUCUAUAGUCGGUUCCACUUUUCUUUUAUUAAAAAUUAAAGUCUGUUUGAAAUAGUUAUGGCCAAAUUUUAUUUUGUUUAUUCAUUUUUCUGGCAUCAUCAUUCCAAAUGUUUUGUCUGGCCAACUCGAUAAUAACAGCAUACCAGACUCCACUUGCCUGUUCAGAAAAACUAAGAAACAAGCAAGAACGCGACUUCCCAACUGUUUGCCACCAAGAGAAUGCGUAGUUGCAAAACGGAAGUCUCAAUUCUUUGUUAAAUACAGCGUGCUCGCCACCAUCAACAUCAACAACUCACCCAAGACGCGACGAGCUAAGAAAACUUGCUAACUUCUGAGUCAGCAAAACAGUCGCCCCUCAAGAAGGCACCGUAACGCCCCAAUCCGUCCCGAACAGCGGGUCGGUUCUUGCUUUUUUAAUUCAUUAGCAACUUUGGGCUAAAGGUGGCUAAAGAGUUUAUUUUAUUUGUAAUAAUUUUUUCCCAGCCAGACAGAUCUCUUCCUGAAAAUGAAAGAGCCUAGUAGUUCAACAGUAGGUAAAGCAGCAUGAAAUAACUGUGCCUUUUUCUGAUAGCUGCCCCAUCUUUAAUGCAUGCAACAGUCAGCAAUGCGUACGUUUGACAGGGAACUUGCCACCUGGUGUUUAAACGCGACACCAGGCUUGUGCACAACCAUUGCUCACCAUCGUACGUGUGGUACAAGACAAUUUUCAACUUGUGAGUAGCGUAAGCUUCCCAUCACGUUGGUGCUAUAUUUUCUUAGUCUUCAUUUUUGGCUGCUUACAUUCAACUGUAUGUGUUAACUUUGGAGAUCUCGAUCAACGGCCAAAUUUGAAGUUGUGUGUUUCAAACUGGCCCAUAUUUGUCAAACUUCUAUUGGGAGUUGAAUGAUCUGUUUUGGAUUUGAGUUCAUGCACUUUACAAUACGGUCACAAUUUAGAAACCUUCGGUUGGUGGAACUAAUCCAGUUUAUCCUUUUUUGAAGUUCGCUUUCCAUUAACUUGGUCAGCUGUCCAUAUUCUUUGAUAUGGUUAAACUGUUCCUCACAGAAAGCCAUACCGUGUGAAUACACGGCUACUUUUUGCUACCUGACCAUUGCUACUAUUAUCAACUGAAAAAAAGAAUUAGCACAUGCGAAUUAUCAGUUGGGUCACAGCGGCGUAGUCAUUGCAAGUUGUGUGCUAUUUAGUAAUGUUCUUUGAUUCCGAGCCGCUUUCACGUUUCAGAACGUCUUGCUGUGCAUUACUUGAUUUCCCAUGUUGAGAAAAUUUCUUGAAUUUCUCUGUGAGCACAGUUUGUAGCUAGUUGUGCUAGAGUGUUUAAAAUGUUUACACUGUUUAGUGUAGCCAAUAAAAAAAAGUUGCUACUUGCAAUGAACCUAGCGUAUAGUGGAGUCACAUUGUAUUAGUGUUUUUUAUUUUUGAUCACUACUUAACAGAAGACUGCGGUAUUUAUAGUCAGCUGGCAGUAAUGGCUAUGCCGCUGUUAAGCGCCCUUUUGUUUCAGUGUUAUUUGUUCCAGUGUCCACUUUACUCUGCAUUCAAGACUUGUUUCUAAUGUUUGCAGCCUUCAUAGCUGCCUGCCAGAAUGAUUGUCAGACUUGCAUUUUUACAUGAAGCCUCAGGAUCUUGUCUCGUGCAUUUGCGUGCGAGAUCCCUAUUGAAGUGCAAACUUGAUGUCCGAGGUCUUCCAGUAUAACCAGUGCCAUACCACACAGUGUAAUUUUAUGUUAGGAUUUUGCAUUUAUGUACACUCUGGUGAUGCUUUCGUAGAUGCUUUUCCUGUGAAUUUUUAAAAUAUUUUUUUUUUCGUGGCUGAGAGAUCAUUACAGCUGUCACACGAACUUUCACGUUAGACACUGUACGCCACUGCCAAAUUUUUGAAUGAUUGAGAUGUGUGUUGUUGUUUUGUUAGGUAUCUUUUGCAUGGUAAUCACUUUAUGGAAUCACUUUAUCUUUAGAUGUUAUAAAGUCUGUGAUGCUUUUGCAGGCUUUUUUUAAAGCUAACAGUUUCUUAGUAGGCAGCAGCUUUCUGCAUUUUUCGUGUAAAAAGAAGGUAACAGCGUCCUGUUGAUUCAGGAUUUGUGUAUUUAAGUAGAGGCAGCAUGCAAUGUUGCAAGGCUAUGAAAAUAAUCAUAACUUUAAACUAAAAUCGGCACCACAUCUUGAUUGUCAGACGAGUCCUAGUCGCUGCGUGCAAAAGCUUCG